AUGACACUUGUAAUACAGUGGAGACCAUUGGACUGUAUCAACGCAGCUCUGGAGUGCUGCCAUGAUAAUACAACGAAUCUCAACAAUGGAAUACAAAUGGGGGUUACAUGUGAUUUGUUUACAACCUUUUCUCAUGCUGGCUACAACCGGGACCACCUAGAAUUUGAUAGAUUGGCAUAUCAUAACCUUGUCGAGUUUGAACAAUAUAUGAAAGAGCUACAAGGCCUGGAUAGUGAAGAGGAAGAGAUUGUCCCCGAAGAUGUCGAUGCUGAUGCUGAGGGAGCAUGCAUUGAUGCCGAGGAUGCAGACGACGACGUCGAGCCAGCUGAAGAGGACUAA